GAUUGAGUUUGUCCUUCUUAUUAGCCUGCAAAUACUACAUCUUCUACCGGUUUUAUUUAAGUAAUCAUCGUUGUCAGCGUGGACCCAGCACGUCCAGCUCCAGCAUCGUUUCGAUUGACAUUGACACUGACUUUGUUUACAGUUUACAGAAUAGUUUUAGUUUUUUGUUCGCUACAAUAUCUUGUUAGGGAAAUCGACUUACUACUCAUUCUUUUCUAACGUGGGAUGGAUCGAGGGUAUUAAAGACUGCCCUAUCAAUACGCCAACUUUAGGGUAGAAUUACCGACGCCCUCGACCACAGAUUUCAUUUGAUACACUUCGUUAUCGUUUAUUUAUCCAUUAGAAGCUAACGAUCAUCACAUCAUAUCAACACUAGCAACUAAAAAUUACACAACAAGAUGUUCACGAACACGUGGGUGUUUCUCGCCCACAGCAUUGGGUGUGUUGCCUUGACGUGGAUUGCUUAUCAGGUCUUCACCUUCAUCAACAUCUGCUUCCUCCGACCGGCGAAGGACCUCAAGAAAGAGUUUGGGGAAUGGGCGGUGAUUACCGGUGCCACGGACGGUCUCGGGAAAGCGAUGGCCCUCGAGCUGUCGAAGAAGUACAAGAUGAAGAUUGUCCUCAUCUCGCGCACCCAGGCACGGCUGGACGAGACCGCCAAAGAGCUUCCCACGGAAUCUGCUACGGUCUCCAUCGAUUUUUCCAACUUCGACCAAGCAGCUCGUGACAAGAUCAAGAGCGCACUGAAGGACAAAGAUGUUGGCAUCCUCAUCAACAACGUCGGCAUCAGCUACGAGCACCCGAUGUUCUUCAACUUAUGGCGGCCACAGUAAAAAGGCAAGGGAUAGAAAUAAAUGAAAUAGACGGUCAUGUUCGUCGUACUCGUUUUACAAUAAAAGAAUCUUACAUGACUUUUGUUCCUCGUAUACUAUCGCAGCGGAAAACCUUGAGUGGGUGACACUGGGCGAGUCGUGUCUAUAGAGCGAGCGCCGUGCAGGUAGAUUCUGCACCUGGUGGCCGGUUGUUUUGCCUCUCUACUCUUCCUUGUUAUUGCGCGGGGUUGUGCGACAUGGUAUUUGGGCGACGUGUGCAUGCCACGCACGAACUAGACCUAUGCGCCUGCUUCUGGUCCUGAUGCGAUAUAUAACGGUAGCGGCCCCGCCCUAGAUGCCGUGUCGCAGGCCCAUUCUGGUCGCUCGUGUCCCUCGCGUUCGCGUGUGUCCUCCGCAGGUCCGUAGCUGCAUGCCGUGCAGGGAGCCGCGUUCUUGCUCCACCUAAGAAAGACGACCUUCUGUCGAUGGUCGUGUUUCUGGGUCUGGCGCUCCCAUCGCGAGUGGUGUUGCGUCCUUCCUUUUUGUGGAGCAGGAGGCUUCUGGGCUUGUUGGGGUGGGGGAGCUGGUCUUUCAGUGUGUCUUCUGGCUGAGGACUCAAAAAGUCUGGCGUCUGCGUCAGACGCCAGGACUCUCGGAUGUCUCUCUCUGAAUUUCUGAGACCAUCCAAAUUUCUGGCGUCUGACGCAGACGCCAGCGGUUUUUCCGGUUCGCGUACCGACCCAGUAGUGUGCACUGGGUCGGUAGGUGAACCGGGAAAGCCCCUGGCGUCUGCGUCAGACGCCAGAAAUCUGUGUGGUCCCAGAAAUCUGGAUGGUCUCGGAGACAAGCCAGAAUCCUGGCGUCUGACGCAGACGCCAGCCUUUUUGGAGUUGUCGGUCUGGUUUCUCGUUCUCGAAGCAAGGUGAGCCCGAGCUAUGGGGAAGCAGCCUCCUGUGGUCGCUGCUGUUGUUGCAUGAAUGGCUCUCGUUGUUGUUGGAUGGUUCGCGGUGUCUUGCGUGUGCGCUUUGAGUUAUUCUUCGGCGCCACUGGUGGGCUCGCAUAGGAACGCCGGUGUGUUGGCGCGAUGGAUAGGUGUGUGAGUGUGUGGUCGUGCUCUCUCCCUCGGAUUCUCAGGUGGGGGGCUGUCGUCGUUGUGUGGUGUUCUUUUUCGGCAUUGGGUGGCCUGCAGAGAAGUGCGUGGUCGUGUGUCUUGUCUCGUGGGUGCCCUUAGUUAUGACGGGAUCAAAGUUUUGGGCUUGAUUGUCGGGCAUGUUCUUCAAGUGUAACAUCCGCGGCCGUCCGCUUGCGGCAUUCUAUCUUAGGGGAAUAAGUGCCCAGUCUGCUGCACUGAAGGUUUUCCGCUGAAAAUCCAUGGGUUUCCCCAAGUCAUGGAAUCUUAUCUAUAGCUGCUAUAACCUUUAUUAAGCUAAGUUUAUUUUCGUUUUUUAUCAACAAUAAUGAAAUGUUCUUCACCUGCUAAGGUACCUGAUAAUUCACUUCCUUUGUCCUUCAUCUAGUUCUGCAUCUUUUUCUGACACAAUGCCCUGGUGUCUCGCCAUGACUUAGUGUGCAACGUCCUUUCUUCUCCAUUUCUGAUCCUUUCUUCAUAUUCCGAAUUGCCUCCAGAGCGCUUGGAAUCCUUGGUACGGUUGAACAUCGACAGUACCAAUCGCAUGAUCCAGGAUUGCUUGCCAGCUAUGAUCGAAAAGAAGAAAGGCGCGAUUGUGAACAUGGCGAGUGGCGCCGCGAUUUGCUCGCAUCCUCUGUAUGCGGGUUACAGUGCUUGCAAGGAAUACAUCAUUUUAUGAAGAUACUGCUGGUGGAAGUGCCAAGUAGAUCAUCCAUCAACAUCAUGUGAGUUAUACUUGACUCCUAGAACAAGUUAUUUAACUUCUGUCCAUCUUUGCUUGAGCUUUGUUCAGGCGUUUUUUGAAAAUGGUCCUUUAUUCAAGGGGCCGCCUACUUUUCGUCCCAUCUUCUUGUUGAUGAUGUGCUAUCAUGCAUUCCUCUUGUCACCUAUACGGUUCUUCAAUACCGCGACUAGAAACUUCUUUCAUGAUAUAAUAGGAGUACUCGCCUUACAAUUUUUCUAACAAGUGGUAUCAAGCUUGCUUGAGGUUGCCUGAAAUCAACAAUCAUCCCAGCACUCUUUCUCUAACCUCUCGUUUGACGCAAUGCCUCGCGGCCGAGUACGAGAAGAAGGGCGUCCACUUCCAGGUGCAGUAUCCGCACCUCGUCACCUCCAAGUUAUCCAAGGUGAAGCGCCCGUCCUUGAUGAUCCCAAGCGCAGAAGCGUUCGCCAAACAUGCUGUGAAAUGCAUUGGCUACGAAACCGAGCUCUCUCCAUAUCCCGCACACUACCUUCUCUGCGGACUUUUGCGACAGCUGCCGAUCCAUUAUGUACAAUUCAUAGACAUAGGUUCUUGGACGAGUCGUUUGAGUUGUUGUGCAUCUUAGACAUACUUAAGUAGUUUGAUGAUGAACGAAACAAUUUGAUGAUGAACGAAACAAAGAAAAUCGCUUCUCCUGAAAAUUUGACUACGUACAACAAGGUCAGGUCAUGUUUAGUACUAGUAGUCCGUUGUACUUGUAGUACCUCCUCCUUCAUCUUCAUCUGUAACUGGUAUAAUAGAUUCAACGGUUCUUGACUACAUAAUGAAAGGAAGUAGCGCCAUUCAUCAGCAGAUGCUCCUACUUCUAAUCUUGGCUGCAGAACAUGAUCGUCAUGGCGAACAACCUGCCACUCCGCGCAAAGGCCCUCAAGAAGGCGGCCACCAGUAAGACGGACUAAGCGAAGGAUAAUACUGCCUGAACGAUUUAUUACACCAUCAAUCUUCAUCUUGUGAAGUCGUCAAAGUGGUUUAUACCUAAUUGUUGAACGAUGAUGACUUUUUACGAUCAUUUUUGUUUUUUCUAGUUAGGCCUGCUCCACCAACAUCAUUCGUUUUCAGUCCCAUGCAUGGUCUUCUUGGAUGCCCACUUGAAAAUAUGUUGCACCAUUUUUUUCCCAUGAGUGAGCUUGACAGUGUAGGUACUUUCUAUCUUUCUGUUGUACCUUUGCUAUUUGAACAUAAACGUUGAUAUUGAGCUAUUGAUAGAUAUUAUAAUAGACUAACUCUCGAAAAAUGAAGUCCUAGCCAAGCUCAGCCAGUUUGACAAGCAUCAUGCUGCGUCUUGUUUGAGGUUGACAUUGCUGAAUGGCUGAACACGAGUUUUUUUUUCGCAAGCAUGUUUGUCGUGGCCAUCACAGCUUGGACAAGGAAUCGUUUUCAUUAUAGAACGACUACCGCAACCACAUCGCACCACAGGAGAGGCUAGUACAGCUAAUGCUAAACGAUAGAUGAAGACGAAGGCGUGGCCCAACAUAUUAAUUUCCAUAUGGAGUUCAACCAUCUAAAAUUUUUCCACGAAUGAUGUUUAAAAACUCAAACAUUUUUCCACCCUCCAUAAUGAUGUUUUACUACUUACAAUUUAAUGGGAAAGCAUUAUAUGUUGUAAUGUUCCAUUGUUCAGCAUCAUGCGAUUCAUCUGAUUAUGCUGCGCCCCUGAAUAUUUUUCAUAUUCAACCACGGUCCACGACCCCUACCCUGCCUGAUGAACAUCCCUAAGAAUGAGGGAAGAAAGGACUAGUACACACCACGCAAAAUUUUUAUGAUGGCUCAACACCUUUUGCUGUGAUAUAAUCUUGCUUUCGUCAUCGUUCGCUCACGACCUCCCGACUGGUGAGCCUGAAGAGUGUUUUAAUAUCCUCUACUUGGAGGUAAACUACCAC